AUGUCGAACCAUUCCAACGAUUCACUAGAUUCACUUUUUAACAACGAGCCGAGCCGUGUAGAUGCCGAGGUGAGAGAUGUAACAGCAUCCUCUGAGGCGUCUAUCUCGCCGAGCCCUUCCAACCGUGCGUCCGAAAGUGGCGAGGCGUCGAAUCGUUCAAGUCCCUCAGGCGCUCGCUCUCCAGAUGACGAGUCGUCGGUUUCGACGAGCCGCCCUCAGGGUCCCGCUCUCGACGAAGAUGUUAAUCAUGCCGCAGUGAAAACCGAGGAGGAAGCGUUUCCCUUUGAUCUGUUCGAGGUGAAACGUGAAUUAGAACGUCUCAUGGCGUCCCGAGGUGCUUCUUCAUCUGGGCGAGGGAAACGAGUGGAAAGACAAAAACCUGACCCGCCCGGUUCUACGCUCUCCUCCCCUGACUCACUCGAGGCGUUGAGAUGUCGCUUCGGGAUAUCCGAGGCGGUAGAAUUCGAACUUCCAGAGAAGAAUGACCGAGCCGACAAACCUCCUGAGAAUCACUUUACUCUGUACGAGGCAUUCUUUGAGCUUUGUUUCCUCGGGUUCCCGAUCCCCGGAGUUAUCCUUGAGUACCUCUGGAAACAUGGGAUCUCAAUCGGGCAGAUCAUGCCGAGGGGUCUGCGGCACAUGAUCGGUAUUCUGGUUCAAAGUUUUGAAUGCGGGCUCGACAUCGAACUGAAUCACCUGCUGAACUUGUUGGAGAUCAGAAAAGCUCCGAAGGGAGACAGAUUUUACAUCUCCAACAAGUCCAACCGCCGGAUCAUAGGUGGUUUUCCAAGCAAGGAUCAGUUUUGGACUGAGCGCUUCUUCUAUGUCUUGGUGAACGAGACGUCUGUCGGCGAGGAUUACGUUCAAAAAACCAAGACCGCUUGGGGACCACUUGGUAGCCGAUCUGAAGCUUUGCCUCGGUUUGGAACCGUUAUCUUCGGAACAUUCUUCCCCCAAUUUCCAACGACCUCUUUGUUGUCUGAGAUUCUCUUGCGGCUCGGAGAGUUAAUUGGAGGAAGCAUUUUACAUUCGAGAGAGUGGAAAGAGCACGAGCCAUUCUUGCCGGAGUUCCUAGAUAAGAUAAGGCGCAAAGAAGAAGAAGCUGCGAGACGAGCCGCUGAGGCGGCUCAAACGGAGACCGAGGCUGUCCCUCAGGCCGAUCCGCCGAGCCGUGAAGGUGAAGGCACGGUCCGAGCCGUGAAGGCAAACGUUGCCGAGGCGACCGAGAAGGGGCAGCGCCAGAGGUGGAACCGGUCAUCGAGGCCCCCGACUUCGGUUGUACAGAAGCAUGACUCUGGCCGAAAGCGUUCGGCCACUGAUAAAGGGAAGGGCGUGGCUGUCCAGAAGGACGAGCCGUCCAAGAAAAAGCGCAAGCAGGCUCCCGGUGAUCCCGCUGCACGCAAACUGGUCGUCGACGACCCUGACGCCUCGGCAGUGAUGUUUGCACGUGUUAACAAUGCUAACACGCGUCUUCCUUCUCCCGAGAAGCUGAGGCGACCGAGGUCGUAUGGCGCGAUGGCACAGCGCGGUACCAAGUUUGUAGUGGCCAUCAACGAGCUGAUGGCUGAAUACGAGGCAGACCUGUCCAAGGUCGAACGUUGCCUGGACGAGGCUCGGAACGAGACCGCGGCGGUGAAGGGGAAGCUGGACGAAGCGAUGACCAGGGUGUCGAGGCUAGAAGAGGAGAAGAUAGUUCUUCGUGCCGAUGUCGACAAGGUUUCUGCCUCGGUCAUUCGUCUCGAGGAAGCUAGGAAAGCCAAAAGCGCCGAGGUGGCGUUGCUCAAAAGGCGUAUCGAGGCCAAGGAUGCCUUGUUUAACGCCAAGGUCAAGCGCACGAGCUGCUCGAAGAGACAGCGGCCAACUUGGGUGUCGUAG